GGUGUGUGCUGUUGGUCACUAUGGCAGUGCCUUUUGUGGAGGACUGGGAUUUAGUGCAGACUCUUGGAGAAGGCGCUUAUGGAGAAGUUCAGCUGGCCGUGAAUAGACGCACUGAAGAAGCGGUGGCAGUAAAAAUCGUGGACAUGAAACGGGCUUUAGAAUGUCCAGACCAGAUUAAGAAAGAGAUCUGCAUCAACAAAAUGUUAAAUCAUGAGAACAUUGUCAAGUUCUAUGGGCAUCGGCGAGAAGGAACUAUCCAGUAUCUCUUCCUAGAAUAUUGCAGUGGUGGAGAGCUCUUUGACCGAAUAGAGCCUGACGUAGGGAUGCCUGAAGCAGAUGCACAGAAAUUUUUUCAUCAGCUUAUCGCUGGUGUAGUCUAUCUACACAGUAUAGGAGUAACACAUCGUGACAUUAAGCCUGAGAAUCUGUUGUUAGAUGAAAGAGAUAACCUCAAAAUUUCUGACUUUGGGCUAGCAACAGUGUUUAAAUACAAUGGCCGCGAACGAUUGUUGAACAAAAUAUGUGGCACGCUCCCCUAUGUUGCCCCAGAGGUGCUUAAAAGAAAAGAGUUUCACGCUGAACCGGUUGAUGUUUGGUCGUGUGGCAUAGUACUCACAGCUAUGUUGGCAGGAGAAUUACCGUGGGACCAGCCUGUUGACUCUUGUCAAGAGUAUGUUGACUGGAAAGAACAGAAAACUUAUAUUUCACCGUGGAAGAAGAUUGAUUCAUUGCCACUGGCUUUACUCCUCAAAAUAUUAACUGAGAAUCCCACGUCAAGACUUACUAUAGCAGACAUAAAAAACGACAGAUGGUACACAAAACCUUUAAAGAAAGGUAUAAAGCGGUCUCGGAUGUCCUCGGGGGGAGUUUCUGAAUCCCCAGGAGGUUUUUCCAAGCACAUUCGAUCGGAUAUGGACUUCUCCCCAGUGAAAAGUGCACACAGGAACCCGUGGCAGCGCUUGGUGAAGAGAAUGACCCGGUUCUUUUUGAAGUUAGAUGCUAAUCAGUCUUACCAGAUCCUGAAGGACGUUUGUGAAAAAAUGGGAUACAUCUGGAAAAAAGGUUGCGCAAACCAGGUCACCAUAUCAACAACAGACAGGCGAAAUAACAAACUGAUUUUCAAGGCAAACCUGGUAGAGAUGGAUGACAAAAUUCUUGUGGAUUUCCGUCUGUCUAAGGGUGAUGGUCUGGAGUUCAAGAGACACUUCCUGAAGAUCAAGGGGAAACUGAGCGACGUUGUCAGUGCACAGAAGUUAUGGCUUCCAGUCACAUGAUCACAUUGUGAUUGAGAGCAGGUCCAUUUUUGAUUCUGCCAUGGGACGUCUCUUCCUUUCAUGUGCUGUUCUUCAGAGGCACAGUGGACAUUCAUUUUAGUUUUCAGGUGACAGGUGUACAAGCAAUCUGCAUAAGAUGAUGGGUAAUGACUACUGUGAAGAUGCACAUUUGCAAAGAUUUGCUAGGAUAUCUCUCUCAUGUCACUGUGAUCAUGAGAGUGUCUUUGUUGAAGUUUCAUUUUGUAAGUCAUUCAAAACUUUUUGUUAGACAUCUUGAUCCAAAUGCAUAUGUUUUCUCCUUUUUUCAAAGUUCCACAGUUGCAAAAUAAUACACACUGAGUGUAUCUGUGAACUAUUUCUUUUUAAAGGGUGAGAAAAAUCAUCCCCUGUCUGCUUAAACCAACAUUUCUGCCCACCCCCUCCAGUUUAUUUUAUAUAGAUGUGAUUAAGGCUUGACAAGUGCUGAGGAUCCAGAGUGAAACUCAGAGCAGAACAGUUGGUUUAAUUUAUAAUUAGUUUCCUGUCCAGGACUGUUGAAUGAAGCUGUGCAAUUCUGUAGUUUAGGCUGGUAUUUUUUUUUACUUGUUCUGUUCUUAAAAAAAAGAAAGAAACAGGGCACUAUAAGAUAUUAACACUGUUUAUUCUUGUUUUAAAUAUUAGCUGUUUUCAAGGUUUAGCUCCUUUCUCACUCCGCCAGACAUUUCCUUACAUUUGUUAAGGCUCUGAAAUAGAAGUGGUGUGAACAGCAAGAUGUGAGAUGGAAUUCCUCUUGUAGACGUCAAACAUUUUAGUCCGUGUUAAAGGUGCCUUAGUCCUUUCUUGAAGAAACAACAACCAUGUGUCAGAUUGUGAUUAUACUUAAGUGGACCAUUAUAGGCAAAGUGAAGUGUAAGGUCACAGGACACAAUCCUAGUCAUACUGUACAAGAAUGUGAAUUUUUAAAGUGUCUGUAAGAAAAUAAAAUAAUGCACAAAAUAAAGUAUCUUCUAAAACUGA